CGUGGACCUUCGGCGUCAGAGACUCGGAUUCAUGUGCUAAAAUGGGCAACUCCAUGCUCAAGUCGCACUGCCGCAAGGAGGGCCUGGCCUGGACGCUGCGGGACGUGGCGGCGUACGGCCUGGCGCUGGGCAAGAUGGCUCCGGGUGCGCCGCUGGACUGGACCGCGGCGGUGCGCUUCCUGGCGCAGCUCCAGCCGGAAGGCGGGGGCGGGGGCGGGGGCGCCCCCAGCCCUGCCCUGGUGGAGCGGGUGUCUGGUCUGAUGCGCGGCGCGGCCGCCAAGUACGACAUGGAAGCAUUCAUCGCCCGCCAGCAGACCCGCAGCAAGCCCCGACAACAACCGGCACACGGCGGCGGCAACGAGGGCGGCGCCGGAGGUGCACCGGCGGCAGUGGCGGGGGCGGCAGUGGCGGGGGCGGCAGUGGCGGGCGCGCCGGCCUCACCCCGGCCGCACGGGCGCAACCAGGUGCUGGCCGGCCCCGCAGCCGCAGCAACAGCCGCCGCCACUGCCGCGGCGGCACCCAGCCCGGCCGCCGGUGGCACCCCGCGGCGCCGAGGCUCAGGCGGCGUAGCGCCGGGCGCUGCUGCUAGUGGCCGCGGCAACGGGCCCAGCGCCGCUGUGCCGGUGGGCCUGACGUCCGCAGCCCAAUCCGCCCCUGCGCCUGCUCCGUCGGCGCCGCCUGCAGUGCCGCAGGGUCCGCUGCGUGUGGGCGCGGGUCUGGAGGCGCGGCUGCGUGCGCACCUGGCGCGGCAGGGGCUGACGCAGCUGCGGCUGCGCAACGCGCGCGAGGGUCUGGCGUGGAGCCUGUUGGAGCUGGUGGCGGCGGACCGGGACGUGCGGCUCAGCCAGCCGCACCUCCACUGCCUGCGCGAGGGGCAGGUGGCGGCGCGACUGGCCGCAGCCAAACUGCCGCCGGGGCAGCAGCUGCCGCCAGCGGCACUGGCAGCGGUGUGCGCGAGGCGCACGCCAAGUACCAGCUGGGCGGUUAACCCCGGUCCAGGGGAGGCCCUCCCCUGCCCCGGCCCGAGACCAGGAGACGGUGAAAAGGCCGCAGACACGUUCUGACGGGUGCUGACAUUCCGUGUCACUGACG